AUGUUGCAACUCAUCAUUUUCGUCCUCAUGUUGUGGUUUGUUUUUUUGCUACCAAAGUUUUCAAAUUUUCAAAAAUUGUUCAGCCAACUCAUGUUACAUAUCACCAUAACUGCAAUAAUGAUCCAAAUGUAUGGAAGGCAUUCAAAAAACGGAUUGACCAUUUUGCUCAGUUGGAUAACAACGGGCAAAAAUGGUAGAGAAACAAAAAUAGUUGAUCCUGAUUUGGAAAUAAAGAAUUCUUUUAGAAAGUUGUGA